UCGUUCUAUUUUAUCACGAAACUGGGGAAAACACACACUAAUACACUGCGUCGUUUGCCGUAGUCAUUAGUGUGUUACUGUGUUAGUUCGGUCUCGUGAUAGUGCGCUGCACGACGUGGUUUCUGUGUUCAACAGUGUCGACAUUUUAUCUGGUCACGGUUGUACCGCAAUUACGUACAUCUUAACCUGUAAUCGUAUAGCCGGUUCGUUUUGCCGUCGGCGUCUGAGUCAUUGGUGUUUCGAAUGUGAUACUGACCAGUGCCGAUUUCAUUAUGUCUGAGCCUUUGUCUAGCUUUGAACGCUUUUUACAACAGUAUCCAAAUGCGAAUUUCAAUUCUGUCGUCAAACUUAAAAAACUCACGCGUGCUGAAAUCGCAAAGUACACUGGCAAAAAGCAAAAGAAGCAGAGAAGAUAUAAGCCUGCGAAAAAGUUCCGCAAGGAUAAAAAUAUAACCGUACAAAAAGAGGUAACAUCAGUUACCCUAACUCACCCUAAUGUGGUUAUUCCAAGUGAGAUUACCACAGAACAAACAGAAGAAAAUAAAGAAAUGGAAAGCAAGGAAACCGUACAAAAAGAAGUAACAUCAGUUACCCUAACUCACCCUAAUGUGGUUAUUCCGAGUGAGAUUACCACAGAACAAACAGAAGAAAAUAAAGAAAUGGAAAGCAAGAAAACCGUACAAAAAGAAGUAACAUCAGUUACCCUAACUCACCCUAAUGUGGUUAUUCCGAGUGAGAUUACCACAGAACAAACAGAAGAAAAUAAAGAAAUGGAAAGCAAGGAAACCGUACAAAAAGAAGAAACGACAUCAGUUCAACCUUAUGUGCUUAUUCCGACUAGGCUUAUUAAACAAGAAAUCGUGAAUGACAGCUACAUGGAUAAUGAAACACAAUCCAUGAAUAAUAUGUCCAAUCUUCCAAACGAUUUUUUUCCUAAUGUAGUUAUAAAACAAGAAGCCGAGGAUGAUGGUUAUGAAAAUAAUUAUAAUGUUGAACAAGAUAAUGAAAAUAUGUUUGAUCCAUCAAAUGCUUUCAUUCCUAAUAUAUUUGAUCCAGAAAUGCAAAAUGAUAACAUGGAAAACUAUAUGCCUAUAACUGCUCAAGAAAAUAUGUUUGGUCUAUCAAACAAUUUUACUCCUAAUUUUAUUUAUGAACAAGAACUUACUGGUAUUCACAUGGGAACCUUUAUACCUCAAGGUAAUCUGUUUGAUCCAUCAAAUAAUAUUAUUCCUAAUAUGAUAAACGGCCAAGCCUAUCAAAACAGUGAUAAUGUGGGGAUCAAUAUACCACAAACAAAUCAAAAUAUGUCCAGUAGACCAGCUGGUUUUCGUCCAUUAAUAAUUAAAGAAGAAAACCGUAAUUAUGAUUUUGUGGAUGAAUACAUAGCACAAGAUGACAUGUAUGAUCCAUCAAACAAUCUCAUUCCUAAAACGAUUAACGGACAAGGCAUUCAAAACAAUGAUAAUGUGGGGAUUAAUAUACCAAAAAAAAACGAGAAUACGCCUAGUUCAUCAAACGGUAAUGUUCCUAAAAUAAUAAUCAAACAAGAAAUUCUCGACGAUGGUAACAUUGAGAUUAACACGGAUGUAUUGAAGCCAUCAGCGGACCAGGGAUAUGAGGAUGAGACUCCAUGGUAACAGUUUUUUUUGCAUAAUCUUGAGUCACGUCUUGAUAUAUUUCUUCAACGCUUAAAGGUUUUUUAUUCUAUAAAAUAUAUUUAAAAAAAAAAGUUGUUUUUCAUAAAAUACAGAGUUUAACUUCAGCGACUAAGAUACUAAGAUAUUAUAAUUUUUAUGCGUUAAUUGUUAAUAAAUUUUGUUUAAGAACAA